GAAGCUAAGAACCACAACAAAACUUAAAAAUUCUCAUUCGUUUUCAUUUUUCAUUCGUAAGGUUAAGGUUUCUUGCAUUCUAGUGUUACAACAACAGAAAUUGACGAAAGGACAAGAAAGUGGCGCAGCUGACACCGGUGUACGUCCUUGCGCCCUUUAACGAAGUGGAGCGCCAUAGUUGGUGAAUAUGACUUUGGUAUUACGUUUGACCCGGCUCCGGGCGACCAGUGCAUUGAGCCAGGAAUCCCUAUUCCAACACACUUGUUUAGGUAACAAUGCACUUCUAAGACGACGUCACUACGUAACUUCAAGCGAUCCAGCGCCAAAGAAGUCCACUUCGUCAACGCCCAUACCCCCAAACAGCUCCGAAUACGAUACGAAAAAAGAAACUCCCCAUUUGCCUAACAACGAUGGUUUCGAUGCCAAGAGCGCAAAAAUGAAAUUUACCGAAAAUGUCAACAAAUUGCAACAGGCAACCGCACCUAUAAAAGAUGCUGCCAAACAGGCGGUCAUCAACAAGGCCAAAUUAUCCCCUCAACAAGUAAGAGAAAAUGUAAGGGGCUACAUGUUCACAAGAUUCUUUGACUAUGUCAAGAACUAUGACAAAGUGUUGGAGAAGAAUUUCCCAUCGGCCAUGAAAGUCUAUAGGGUUUUCUUUGAUGGUGUUAAGGAAUUUUUUGCCGACAUGAAACGUUUCUUGAAGGUGGCUCGAAUUGUCAACUCCUCGUCCAAGGGUCUAAAGACUUUGAACCGACAAGAACUAGAGCUGUACAUGCAAAUGCCACGAGAUAUGAUCAAAGUUGCCCCGGCUUUGAUAUUAUCCUCACUGCCUAUGGUGGGCUAUGCCAUCUUUCCUUUGGUUGUUAUGUAUCCUCGAACAUUUUUAACAGCGCACUUUUGGACACUGCAACAGCGGGCCGAGUUCCGGGAAUAUUAUUUUUUGGAACGCUUAACCUACAAUCGCCCUGUAUUGCGUUGCUUGCAAGCAAAACUGAAGUCUCUCAAAAAGCAUCCGAAACACGAGCAGUUCGCUCAGGUCUUAGGUCAAUUAGGAAGUGGCACUCAUCCCAGUGUCGAGCAAAUUUUGGAUAUUAAAGACAUUUUUGCCGAUACCCCAUUUAGCCUAGUCUCAUUACCUGGAAAACAUAUCAAAUUGCUCAACAAAAUGCAUGGCAUCCCCCGUGGUUGGUUUAAGCGUCAUAGUUUGUAUGAGCAUGCCUUCUUUAUACACUACAUGGAUUUGGCCAUUGGCCGGGAAGGUGGAGUCCACAAUAUGCCUUUAGAAUCGCUGCGUAAUGCUUGCUACAUCCGCGGCCUAAAUCCUGUAAAUAUGAGCAAUGAUGACAUGAUCACUUGGUUGCGUGGCUGGAUUAAGGUUUCCAAUUCAAUUCAAUUGGAACAUUUAACAUUGUUUUUGCAUUUGCCCAUAUUCCUGGCCUAUAAUCAUCCAAAUAACUGGCAAUUGUUGUAUGGCAGCAAGGACAAAAACAAAAUACAAAAUCCUCCCCCAUCGGAAUAACAACAUUUUUAACCUUUAGAAUACUUAGAGCUGAAAAUAGUCUGUUAUGUAAUGAUUUUUUUUAAUUGUUCCUUUAUUUUUGUUUUUUUUUUAGGUUUUAUUAAAGUCAUGAAAAAAACAAAUAAAAGUUGCAAAGAUUUUUUGCAACAAUCUAUUGAAAACAAA